AUGAAGGAGUCUUAAUAGGCUAGCUUAGCUGAGUCCUAUAAAGAAAGAGGACUCAUUAAUGGCUAGUAGCAGAAUCACUAGAGCAAACUAAUUGAAAUAUUUCAGUAUUAUCUCGAUUCACCUGUACUCUUUAUCAGCUUUUCUUAGAGGAAAUUCCUAGGGUUCCGAAACAAAUUCGAGUUUGACAGAAAAAGAGUGCUGAUUGGCUCGAAGUCUGCUUUCGCUAUAAUUGCUUAUGACUUGAAUGACGAGCCACAUGAGUUAAUGAGUAUGGAAAUAGACGAAGAAGAGGAAAUUUAAAUGAUUCAUUUUCUUGAUGAUGAAAAUCCCUCGAACGUGCUACUCAUUACUUACGAUUUCUCAUAGCAAAAAACUAUCUCCAGAGUCUUGAAUAUCAAAACUGAGAGCGCAAACAAAUUCCAAGACUUGAAGAGAGAAUUUGAACAGAAGAUAAAUCUACUCAGAAUUAUUGAGAAGGACAUGAACAGCCCUCAUGUAUAGAAACCCAGAAUGUAAAAUCACAACUAUUUCUAUUCAUUAGAUGAGUAAAAAGCUGAUAGAAUUCUAGGAAAUGAGAAGAGUUAUUACCCUGAUCUCAUUACCAAUACUCAGAAAACUCAAGCACAUAACAAUACGUCAUUCAUAAGCAGCAAUUCAAAUUAAAUGACCAUCGAUAUCAAGGUGACUGGAGAAUAGCAUCAAAAUGAUAGCGGUAGCUUCCUAAGUUCAUAAGAUGGACAGGAUUACCAUGGUAUGUAUGCUAGUCACGGAUUGCCUUCAAAUAAAAGUAGUCAGUCAUUCAGUUUUAAAGACUAGAAAAUAUACGAAAUCUUUGAUUUCUAAGAAUAAAUUAUAAAUGAUGGCUUCACCAAGAUUUGCUACUUCAACAAAGAUCUGAGAAGAAAAUUGAUGUUCACAUCUAACCUUAAGAAUCAACUGUUCUGCUUUAACAUCAGAUAGCAGAUAAAGGCUGGGCAAAACUCAGUAUCAAUCGGCCGAGGAAAUGAUAAAAGCCCAAAAACCCCAGGUCAAACUCGUAUCUAUAACAACUAGAGCAACAACUAAAGCACCAGUAAAUAGAGUUUCAGCAGUCUUUCUAACCAAAACCAGGAGAUUAUGGUGCUAUAGCAGCCCUAUGUUUAGAAAAAUACCAGUCCUAGCAAAGUCCAGCAGGGCGUGAGUAACACAUCCUAAUUGCCUACAACAAAGAUACCUAAGUGCGUAGAAUAUCAUGAUGAUAAGCUCUACGUAAUAUAUAAGAAAUUGCCUCAUCUUGAUAUCCUUCAAAUUAAUGGAGGUAUUUUAUAGAGAAUUAAGAUUGACGAGAUACUUGAGAGGGAAGAAAACUUGAAACUUCUGAAGCUAAGGUUCAUUAAGUUUCCAUUACUAUAAUGGUCAAAUAGAAUCACAAACAAGCCUGAGUUCUCUCAGUAGAUUGUAAAGAUAAUAAUUGUAGGCACUGUUCAAAUGCCAUUUGAAGCCAAGUAGAUGGGUAUUUACAAGAAACAGACCUAAGUUAAACAGUUCAUUAUGCUCUUUAAUAUCUAGAAGCAGACCAUUGAAGCUUUGAAGUUCCUACCUAUACUGCCUAAGAUUACUUGCAUGUCUUAUGGUCCCUAUGAUAAUGGAUAUGUACUGCUGGGAUUAGAAAGUGGAAUGCUCUUCUCUUUGGAAUUCCCAAGCUUUAAUGUCUUUGACUAGCGUUAGGUCUUUGAUGGCAUUUAUGGUGGCAAGUUUAAAAGUGGAGCCAGAAUCUCUUGCAUCAGUUGUGAGCCUACUAGACUUAUAUUUGUGGGCGGUGAAGACGGUCAAAUGAUUGCGCUUUCAUUUGUGAAAGAAGACGUUCAUUACAUGUAUUUAGAUAUGGGAUUGCGAAGAUAUUGUACUUUAAAAGUAAAUAAAAAGACUAAAAAAUUUAAGGAAAUGUCUCAUCUGAAGAAGCAACAGGAUGAGAGUCUCAACACCUUUAACUUAAUAUGUUCUUGA